UGGAUAAUAACAAAACAAAGGAAAGAAGCCCAAAGACAAAAAGUAGAGAAAGAAGGAGCAAAUUAAGAGAUCUAGAUGGAGCUUGAAGCAUUUCCUGCAAAGUUUUGCAAAGGAGUGAGGUCAUACUGGAGAAGAAGAAAGUAUAUAAAGCUAGAGAGCUCCGGCAGCAAAACUGCAGGUGUCCGAGUGGUGCGUCUCGGAGAUGGUACUCACCACCAGAGUACUCAUCGACGGUUUUGGAGGUUGAAACGGGUAAUCAAGUUGAAGAUCAAGGCAUGGUCUCCGUUCCGUUUGAUGGCCAAGUUACGAGAUGCGUAUAUAGAUGCCAUGCUGAGGUUGGCUGGGAAGGGAAGUGGCUUGACCAUCUCGGCCGGGCCGGAGCCGCUCUGGGAUAGGAGAAUCCCGAGGAGCCGCACGGUUAAGCCUGCCCGAACUGAGUUUGAGCAAAGACUUAUCUUUGAGAUCUAUAGAUCUCUUGUUGUCUCUGGUGAGAUUGCACCCAAACCGGAAUUGACUGAUUAAUUGAUCAUCAAUAAUAACUGCUAAUCAUGGUGCUGUGGUGUUGUUUUCUUUGUUUCUUUAUUUAUUUAUUUUUCUUCUUUGGAAAUGUAUAUUACCCUUUUAUUUGGUUUUUUUUUUUAAUUUUUGUUUAAAUCAUGUUAUGUGAGCUGCUUGGACAAAUUGCAACCAAGAGAAACUUAAUUAUGAAUGUGAUUUUAUGUUUUACUUUUACAUAAUUGUUGGUUG